AUGAAUUAGGAUGAAUAACCUAAAGAGUCUAUAGAAAGAGAAUCAGAUGAUAAUGAAAAGAAUGAUAAGAAAGAUCAAGUCUAACAACCAGAACAAAAGAAAAAGAAGAAGAAAAAUAAAAAGAAAAAGAAAUGGGGAGAAGAAGGUAAUCUAAAAUAAAAAAUAAUUAAUAGAGGAAAUACUUACAGAUUUUGAUGAUGAUUGGUAGAAUAAAGUUAAAUAAUCUAAAAUUUUGUAAGAUCCAGAUCUACCUUAACAUAUUAAAGAGAAGUAUGCUAUUUAUGAAAAUAAUCCAUUUAUGAUGAUUAUUUCAAAUGUACCUCUUAAUGUUUAAUUAAAAGAAUUGGAAGAAUAUUUUAAUACACUAAUUACUUCUCUUGAUCCUAAAAUAAGUAUUUUUAAUAACUGAAUAUUAGAUGACAGACCCAUAAAAUCAAUUGAAUAUGGAGCAACUAAAUCUUGGGUUGUUUUAGAAUGUAGUUCAAGAGAAGCAAAAAGAGCAUUAGUUACACAGGAUUAAGUUUAAUUUGUCAAUAAUUGCAAAAUUAAGGUUGAAAGACCUAGAAAAUUUUUAGAGAGAAUACUCAAUCCAUAAACUAAAGAUGGAGAAUUGAAUCCAGAAUAGAAAUAAGAAGAUAAUACUAGAUUAUAUUUGGGUGGAUUGCCUACAUAUCUAAGGGAUGAAGAUGUGAUGAAAUUAAUUCAAUCUUUUGGAAUAACCAAAUAUUUUAAUUUAGUAAAGGAUACUACUUCAAAUACAGAAAUUUCAAAGGGUUAUUGUUUCUUUGAAUAUGAAAAUACUGUGUCUACAGCCAAAGCUUUAAAGGCACUCAAUAAUUUAUAAAUAGGUGAUAAAAAGUUGAAGAUUUGUAAAGUUUAAGGUGAAACUCAAUAAAAUAAAAAAAUAAAUGGAAAAGAUUAACCAUCAAAUUAUGCAGGUUCAUUUUUAGCUUCUUGUGAUUUAUUAAGAAUUCCUUAAGUUUAAUAAAUGUUAACAAUACCAUAAUCAGCAUUAAUUCCUAGUAAAGUUGUUUAAUUUUUGAAUAUGGUAAUAAAUUCUUUUUAAAAUUUUAAGUGUUCAAUUUAAGAUUUAUAUGAAGAUGACAUUUUUGAGGAAUUGAUAGAAGAUAUAAGAACUGAGUGUAUGCGUUAUGGAUAAAUUGAAAAAAUAGAGAUUCCUAGACCUGAUAGGGAAUCAGGGUAUUUAUAAAAUUAUAAUUAUAUAGUUUCUGUAAUCCUGCUGUAGGGAAAGUAUUUGUUAAGUUUUAUUAUUAAAUACCUGCAAAAAAGGCUAAGUUUCAUUUAGCUGGACGUACAUAUAAUAAAAGAACUGUUAUUACUUCAUUUUAUCCUGAGGAAUAAUUUGAUUAUAAAGACUAUUUGAUAAAUGGAUGA